AUGAGCGUUUGCGGCAGAGAGCCAUCGCAGUUGGACGGUCGAGGAGGAAGCGAACCUCUUAGAUUCACAGUGUAUUACCGGUUAUACGCCAACAAUGACGCACUCGAAUCUAAGAAUCCCAUCUACUCCAAUGACAGAUUUAUCGGACGCACUUCGUUCAAGUCUAUCACACCUCCACGUAACGUUGCCUCUCUCAAAAGGAAUAUCUGGAAGGUCGAGGGUUUCGAAGGCAUCCCAACAUGCGCUUUGUAUCUCUCUUUGUCGGAAAAGGCGCCGGCAGAGGACUUGACCCGCCUUCCACCGCGCGGAUCAGGUUCGUCUGAACUGGACCCGAUGGCUCUGGUGUUAAACGUUACGGAGGUCGAGAAGAGAUUGGCGGCGUCUAAUAAUCUGGACUCGGACACGCUGCCUGAAUGGCCCCACGAACAACGCUAUGUCCAUUAUCGUACUUAUGAUGACGCGGGCGAGAUUGUAUCGAAGACGUCUUUUGAUAAAACCGACACGUCUCUGGGCCGCGUUAACGCACUCUCCGUUCCUCCGCCUCACAACGGCGCUUGUUUGAAGGCUCGACUUCGUCAGGCCGAGAACCUCCCAGCCUAUGAUUUUAAAUUGUAUAAAGAUGAUAGCGGAGAGACGAUUUUGAAUUGCGAUGAAGGCGUCAAUAUUCUUUCUGAUGAUUAUCCAGGGAUCAUCGCAGAUGAACCAGUUGCUAUUGUAUAUAAUUCCCAGCAGGCCCUCUGCGAUCCGAUUCCUCAGGGAUUCCCGAGGAAGAUUCGAGCUUUAGCAUGUAAAAUGGGAGCUCAUGAUCCGACAUGGCACUCAUCGACGCAGGGGGAGAUUUUCCACACCGAUGGAGUAGUGACAAAAAAGAGAUACUAUAUGGAUGCAUGGGUAUACGACUGUUACGUUGCAAUAAAUUCCGACGGAAAACGUGGCUGCAAAUUCAAAUCGUACUCGGCAAUCGGUUCACCUCGCGAGGCUUCACUGUUACGUGUAACAUUGGCUUGUAUCUUAAUGCCUGACAGUCCAUUUCGUGGCGAAGUUGGUGGAUCCGGUCGCGACAACCAUCUGCACGAGCUCCGUGUACUUGGUAUACAUUUAAAGUUUGCGAAGUAUGUAUUCCCUACAACUACGACUCCCGACUCGCAAUUUUGCGAGGCUGCACAUUUUCCUAUAUUUCUGUAUGACAGAAAUGGGACUUUCUGGAAUACUUCAGUAACCUUCUUCCGACGAGCCACGUCCCCUGAGCCCUCCAAUUGCGCACCUUUAGAGAUUUGA